AUGCCGGUGUAUGACGAGGAGCCGCUGCUGGAGGCGCACGGGCGCGACGGCGUGUACGCCAUGGACGUGGACGAUGGUGAUCACCCGCCGCCGCGGCGCUACCUCUACGCGCCAAUCUCGUACGACCAGGCGAUGCGCCCCCAGCGCCCGUGGUGGCACCCGCUGGAGUGGUACAACACGGUGCGCGAGCACGCGCACGUCUUUGACGUGCUGCGCCCGUCGGAAGGCGUCAAGUCGGGCUGGCAGCGCACGCAGCGCAUUCUGAUGGCGGCCUGGCCGCAGAACCGCAUGCACCAGACGAUCGUGAUCGUGUUUGGGCUGUGGCUGCUUGUCUCGUAUGCGAGCUUUACGGUGGAAGAGACGCUGCCGAUCGAGGCGAUGGACGACCGCCUAUUUAACGGCUACUACGAGAUUGUGCACGAGGAGCUGGAGGGCGUGUACAUGCACCCGGAUCCCCAGGCGGGGCAUGUGGCGAUGAACACGUCGUGGGGCUCGCCGCAGUGCUACUCGCGCGGCAAGCCGCUGCGCAUGUACGACGCGGUCGAGUGCCGCAACACAGUGAGUUUUACGCUCGAGGCGCUGCCGGCGGCCAACUCGAUGAUCUCGUCCGACACCUCCUUCCUGUACAUUGACCGCGGCCGCAGCUCGCUGCACACGAACCCCGGCGUGCCGGACCUCAUGCCCGAGGGCGACUCGCUGCCGCACGAGAACGCGGUGCCUGCGAAUGUGUACAUCGUGACGCACGACCUGCCGCCAAACACGAGCGAGGACAAGGCACUGAUCCACGUCAAUGUCACCGCGUCGUACUACAGUCCUGCGCGCCUCUUGCUCGAGCGCUCGCUCGUGGUCAAAAUGCAGCGUGGGCACGGCUCGCAAGGCGUGCAGAUCAUCACGCCACCGAUGAGCAAGCACGCGCAUCCCCACGAAGUCCCGCUGGAAUUCGACGUGGUGGUCAGCGUGCCCAAGUCGACGAUUGCCGGCCUGGAGAUUGAGGCACCGAACGCCAACGUGCACGUCUUUACCGACUAUGCGGUAAAGUGCGCGAUGGGCAAGGGACACGCGCUCGACCGCAUUCCCAGCCUCAUCGACCAGCUCCUCGGGAAGAAGCCGGAAAAGACCGAGCACAACCGCCCAGUCAAGACAGAGUCGCUCGAGCACCACUUUGGGCACGUCGCGAUAAAGACCGAGGUCGGCAGCAUCGAGGUCGCAGACACCAUCCACGCCAAUGGCAUGAUCCUGCUAGCGACGGCCGACGGAAAAAUCAAUGUCGAGGGACGCCUCAACGCUUCGACCAUCAAGCUGACCACCGACGUGGGACUCCUCACGCUCACGUCGGGUGCUCAGGUGCAGGGAGGCACCGACACGCUCCUUUCGUCCAAGGCGGGCGUCAUCUCGCUCGAGCACAAUACGCAUGUGUCGGGCGCCAAGACCAUCGGACGCACCGGCGGCACGGGCUCCAUCGUCGGCAGCGGGACGUGGCACGCCAACUUUACACUCGACCUCGCGACCGAGGCGGGGCUGCUCAACGCGUCGGUCGCCGUGCACCGCCCCGUGCUCGAAUUUGUGCCGUACAACGACUUCCUCGCGACCGCCAAGGGGCGCCGCGUUACGGGGACCUACACCUCGGUCAACGGCACCGUGUAUGUCGAGUAUGUCGAGCACCAGUCCGGCGUCGCGCUCGACUCGCGCGCGACGAGCAAGCGGGGGGGCGUCUCGGUGCUCCAUGCAUCGACCUACGAGGGCCCGGUCACCGCACAGGGCGCCCAGGCGGCGAUCGAGCACGGAGCAUUCGCGCAGGGGCACCACUUUGAUGCCAAGGGCGAGGCGAGUGCAGACGGGCGCCAGGUGCGCAAUGCUACUGUCUACUGGGACGCCGCGCAACGCCCGCAGGUCGCACCGAGCCUGCCCAAGUAUCCCCCGCCGCUCGAGGCGGACCAGUCGGUGCUCUCUUUCCAGCCGCAGUCGCUUGCGACGUCGCUUGAGAAGAAGGCGUAUGUCUAUCUCUCUGCCUAA